AUGGAGGAACUUGUGCAAACUGUACAAUUCUUGUCCGAAAAGACCCUGCAAGACAUCGCGAAGGGCCCAUUAGUCAAAUUUACAGCGUCAACUGAUGACAGCGAAAAAGUGAACCGGGUUUGGCAGUCACUGAUUCAGACUGCAUCAGACCCAUCUCUGUCCCACCAGCAUACAUCGGCAGCUUACCACGCUUUGUCGGCGUUCGUUGAUGCUGCUGUUACUUCUCAACACCACUGUACCCAGCAAUUGGCCCUGGAAUCCGGGACUUGGUUAGCCAUAUUCGAUAUCUAUUUGAGUCGAUACGAAGAUGCCAAGCCGAAGCCCUUGAAGCAGCUGCUUGGCUCGAUUACCACUAUUCUGGUUAAAUAUUACCGAGGCGACCAGAGAACCAAUGUUCAAAAAGCUGUAGCCGAGGCAAUCCUGCCCAGUGUUGUUCUUGGUGAACCCCGUUCCCGGCUGAAAGGUUCCCUUGUCUGUCUAGAGAUUUUCCUCCGGAAGGGAGCUAUCUUGCCAUCUGAAUUGAUCUCCUUGUUGCAGAUUUGGCUCGCAGAGAACCGUGCAAAAUGGGUUUCGGUAUUUGAAAAGGACCAUGAUGCGCUAUAUUCUGGCUUCUCCGAGCCUUUCACAAUUACAGCCGGAGUCCCGUCGGAGGAACUGGCCACAAAGAUUUUUAUCCUUGGUCUAUUGACUCAAACUAAUAAUCGCCAAAUGUCCGGCACAAGUGGUAGCGUGCUGGCUGCCUUUCUGCAAAAGUUGAAGGGUAGAUCAUUCGGCCAGCAGGUGUCCCACUUCUGGGUGAGCCCUGUUCGGCACAUGCUUUUGCAAAACACGGAUAAUUUGGAGUCACUUUCGGCGCAAAUUCUCCAUCCUUUAUUCACAGCUGAUCCACACGGUUUCAUGUCUUUUGUCGAAGCUCUUCCAUUGCGAAAUCUGCUUGCGGGCGAUAUGGCAGAUGCUGCGCAGUCAGAGUAUAUGCUUUUGUUUGCCUCCUUACAGAUGGGCAAGAAAGCCAAUCUUGUACACGAAGAUUAUGAUUCCUCGAAGCAAAAUGAUACUAAACAGGGCCCUCGAAAACUGGUGUUGAACAGUCAAGUCAUUGGCAAAUUCUUGCUUCACCGUGAGCCCAAUAUUAGAAUCGCUGCCUUAUCUUUGUUGGUGACAACCUUCUCAACGGUCAAGCCCUUCACAACGAUUGCAACUACCUCCAUUCUGCGAGCACUCCCAUCAAUGCAUGCCGGCUCUGAUUCUUAUACCCGAGGCGAGAUAAUGAGCCUGACCCGCAAGUUUCUCAUCCGUCUGAAAAGUGGAAUUUUGAAAGAGGGCAUCUCGGACGCAGCUGUGCCAGCUACUGGCAAGGAGCCAUCGGGCUGGGUCCGAAGUGAUGAAGAGACGAAGGAAUUUUUGAAGGCAUACAUUCAAUUCCUUGAAAGUGAUCUUGUGGCGACUGCAUCAUAUCCACGCCACGCAAGUGCGCUGAGGGCCCUGAAACUUUUGUUGCAGUCUGGUCUUGAUCCACGAACUGAUAUUGCUCCACUCAAGUCAGAAGUUGAGACUCGCUGGAAGCUGCACGUGGAUGUAUUUGGCCCACGUUUGCUCAGAUUACUAGUGGAUCUGCUGUUAGACCCUUUCGAAGAGGUUCGACAGACAUCCCUCUCUAUUCUGAAUCUCUUCCCUCGGCAGGUAUUGCUGAGUGGGCUUAUUGAUACAACUGAGCAACAGCCAACAAUCGGAACAAGGUUGACCGAUGCCUUGGCUCGUGCGGAAAGUAUCGCGAGCAAGACAAGUCGUGCGGACAAUGCGGACACUGUCGCUCGUCUCUAUCACAUUCUGUUCUGUGCUGCCACCAGCUCCGACGAAGACUCGAAUUGGUGGGCAACGAAGCAAUCUGUGGUGAACACCAUCUUGACAAAGUUGGAAGAACGACUUCUGUCUUCCGGUGGUCUCUUCAACUCUACUAUGCGGGGAGCUCCUCUUCAUGGCUACAUGUCUGGUCUUAGAUAUAUUGUUCUUAUGCCAAAGUUUUACUCUUUGCUUUCGUCGGAUUCUGAUCUCAUUGCGUGGAAAUCUGUCCAUGAUCGGAUUGUUACUAUUUGCGACAAGGUUUGGCAGGAAGUCAAGCCCGUACUUUGCAUCGACUCUCCUGAGGGUCACACCGAUGAGCCGACUGAAGAUCUCUCAGUGGGGCCAAAGGACAUUCUUUCCUAUUCUUGGAGAGCUCUGCGCGAAUCAAGUAUGCUGCUUCACGCCACGCAGUUUAAUACUACAUACGGUCCAGAUGACGGCAAUGGACUUCAACUUGCCGAUUUCGAGGCGGUUGGAAGGACUAGUUUUACACAACUGGCUGAGCUGCGUCAUCGAGGAGCCUUCUCUACUGUCUCACAGACGUUCGCCACAUGCUGCCAACGGUGUAGCGACUCAAAGGACGUAUCUAUCCAAGAACUGCCUAAACUGUGGUACCAGGAAGCCAAAGCAACUAUCUUCGAGUCGGCCGCGAAGCUCACCCGAAGAUCCGCUGGUUUGCCUGCGCUGGUUACAGGUAUCUUGGUUGCCAGUCCUGGGUCGGCAUUCUUCAAGCAAGCUUUGGAUGAGCUUCACGAGAUUGCACGAUUGCCUGUGGAGUACGAUAAGAACCAGCAGUAUCGGGAGCUACCACAGGUUCAUGCGAUGAACUGUUUGAAAGAGAUCUUCACGAACACAAAACUCGGUCCCUUCACGGAGAGCUUCAUUAUGCCUGCACUGACUUUGUCUGCUGAGCGGCUCGGGUCACCUAUUUGGGCACUCCGAAAUUCCGGGUUGAUGCUCUUCCGAGCUCUAUUAAUCCGAAUGUGCCGGCUGGUUCCCGGUGUCGGAGCUGGUUUCGGUGGCAUCUCUGGAUCAGAACCUGGGUCUAAGAUCUCUUUCCCCAAAUAUCCUGGUCUCCCAGACCUCUUGUCAAAACUUCUCGCGUCGACAAAGGGGACAGUCACUGAAGGCACCGACAUCAUAACGGAACGGAUUUUCCCUGCCCUGAGAGGCAACGCCACCGAAAACUUAGUUCACGGCAUAUCACUCUGUGUCCGAUAUGCUCUGCGUCGAUUCGCAGCGACUACAGACGUUUUUUGGACUUCACAUGCCGAUGAGAUUCUCGCUACUGUUCGUCAUGUUUUGGCGACCCUAUUCCCGGUUGCCAAGUCUCCCUUCACGGCAACUGCCCUCGUCGAGAUUCUUAGUGACACUCUCGAGCGGAGCUUCGAGGCCUGUACUGAAGACCGACUCGCUACGUCUAUUGAUGAGAUCUGCGCGGAACACGAUAUAGACGGCAUUUUGAGUUACGCGUUCAAUGGCUCCCAGGCCGGAUGGAAUCUUGAAAGCAAGACUCGGGCAUCUUCGCUCCUGAGGAGAGCUCUCUCGUGGUGCACGAUACUGAAGAUGCUUGCUCUAAGGCAGUGGAGCGAAAUCUCAGGAGUCUAUCGCGAUGUCUCAGAGGUAGAUGCUGAUGCCGCUACUUGGAUCCUGGAACAAUUGGAGGAGAAAGUCGACAAGGUCGAAAGAUUCCGGAAGCCUCUUCUCGACUUGUAUGCUUUCGUCAUUUUGAAUGAUGCUCCGUCGUCGGCAAAGACAGCGGCCGUGUCGAAUCUCGCGUCAAUUUUGGAAGAGCUGCUUUCCUGUCAGGAAAGUACCCUGUCAGGACUUGCAUUGCCUUGUGAUGAUCUGACGAAGGCUUUCCGGCCCGAAGCAGAUAUCAAGUCAUGGAACAGACACGCCACAGACAGCGCACUUCGUCUUCAGGGCUGCCUCCUUGCAAUUAGAGGCUCUUCAAAUGAUGGACACCCCCUAUCAUCAAUCAAACAGGACAUACAUAGCUGGAUUGUGAAGCUACGCUCUGCUCUCAGUGAGGAAGUCGAGUUUACGACCCGCUUCGCGGCUGUACAAUCUCUUCACAGCUUUUCACGUUCUUUGCGCCCAUCUGGAAGCUCUCCCCGGGCAGACUCAUCAUUACUGGAUAUCUAUCUGAUUAUGUAUGACAUGCUUAAUGAUGAUGACGAAGAAUUAAGGGACAUUGCCGCGUCAACUGCUUCGUGGGUACUAUCAUACUCGUCAGUUUCGCCGAAUGCCGCCGUCGCUCUUGGCCCACUGAAUGCGAGUGCUCUCUUGGCCAAUUUCAUCCUUGACCAAUACUCAGACUCUGUACAGCUUACUCGACGAGUGAUCUGCUACUUGACCGGGCAAGAGCCUCGCAUCAGUGGCUCUGAUGACCAGACCCAUCUUAUCGCUGUAUCAGAGCUACUGACUGAAUAUUGCCAAGAUCGCACUGCUCUCUUCGUCGAAGAGAAGCAAAAUUUGUUCAUUGAUGAGGUCCGCGAGUUAGAUGUUUGGUCUCCUGCUCUAAAACAACUAAAGAGAAACGCGUAUCCUGAAACCCUGGUGCGUCAGAUCUCUAGCUGGGUGUCUGAGGGAUUGGGUCAUCUGUCCGCACACAUUGCUCAAGAAUCUGGUCAAGAUGGACUUCUCGGUUGGGUCUCAAGGCCCGAGUCAUUUACACUUGGUGUCCGUCUAAUUAGUAUUUCGUCAGCACUCGCAUCCCCGAGCUUUGAGGCUCCAGAGCUGAUGGAUGUUGAGCAACAACAAUUGAGAAAGCAACUCCAGACGUUACUGAGCGUUAGCAAAAGUGCUGCGGUUCAUGACGAGUGGCUGGUCAGGAUUCGAUCUGGUCUCUGUUAG